AUGAGCACCAGUGCGAGUGAGUGGAAAGAUAUGCUGCUCGGAUGGGAUUUGUUCCUGGAUGGAUACAGAAGGAAGACGGAUAUGGAUGUUAAACGUUCCUCCCGCAGGUGUGCGCUGCUGAAGCGGACAGGUGUGAGUUUCAUCCUGCUGUGUCUCAUGGCGGAGGUCGGUCUCAGCGCGCAGCAGGUCCUCAGGAUCGGUGGGAUUUUCGAGACGCUCGAGAAUGAACCGAUUAGCGUGGAGGAACUUGCCUUCAAAUUCGCUGUGACCAACAUUAACAGAAACAGGACUUUAAUGCCCAAUACGACCCUGACCUACGACAUCCAGAGAAUCAACCUGUUCGACAGCUUCGAGGCCUCCAGAAGAGCCUGUGAUCAGCUGGCUCUCGGUGUGGCCGCAGUGUUCGGGCCGUCCCACAGUUCUUCAGUGAGUGCGGUUCAGUCCAUCUGCAAUGCGCUGGAGGUUCCUCACAUCCAGACCCGCUGGAAACACCCGUCCGUGGACAACAAAGACAGCUUCUACAUCAACCUGUACCCGGAUUACGCCUCCAUCAGCCGCGCUGUGCUGGACAUCGUGCAGUUCUACAAGUGGAAAGCCGUGACGGUGGUUUAUGAGGACGCUACAGGUCUCAUUCGUCUUCAGGAGCUGAUCAAGGCUCCGUCCCGGUACAGUAUCAAGAUCAAAAUCCGGCAGUUACCAACGGGCAGUAAAGACGCUCGGCCGCUUCUGAAAGAGAUGAAGAAGGGAAAGGAGUUUUGUGUCAUCUUUGACUGCUCGUAUCAAACGGCAGCAGACGUCCUCAAACAGCUGUUGUCAAUGGGCAUGAUGACCGAAUACUACCACUUCUUCUUUACCACUCUGGAUCUGUAUUCGCUGGACCUGGAGCCGUUUCGAUACAGUGGUGUGAACAUGACUGGUUUCCGUCUGCUCAACAUCGACAAUCCUCAGGUGGCGUCAGUGGUGGAGAAAUGGUCCAUGGAAAGACUGCAGGCUCCACCCAAACCUGAGACCGGCCUGCAGGACGGAAUGAUGACAACUGAAGCAGCUCUGAUGUAUGACGCAGUGUAUAUGGUGGCGGCAGCGUCUCAGCGAGCGUCUCAGAUCACCGUCAGCUCACUGCAGUGUCACCGACACAAACCGUGGCGCUUUGGCUCGCGAUUCAUCAGCAUGUUUAAAGAGGCUCAGUGGAACGGUCUGACCGGACAGAUCAUCAUCAACAAGACAGACGGCCUGAGGAAAGACUUUGACCUGGACAUCAUCAGCCUGAAAGAGGACGGUUUGGAGAAGGUUGGCGUGUGGAACUCAAACACGGGUCUAAAUCUGACCGACAGCAACAAGGACAAAAACACCAACGUGACUGACUCCAUGGCCAACCGAACACUCAUUGUCACCACAAUCCUGGAAAACCCCUAUGUGAUGUACAAGAAGUCGGACAAGCCGCUGUACGGAAACGACCGCUUCGAGGGCUACUGUCUGGACCUGCUGAAGGAGCUCUCCAACAUCCUGGGCUUCUCCUACGAGGUCAAACUCGUGACCGACGGGAAAUACGGAGCCCAGAAUGACAAAGGAGAGUGGAACGGCAUGGUCCGAGAGCUCAUCGAUCAUGUGGCAGAUCUGGCCGUUGCUCCGCUCACCAUCACUUACGUUCGAGAGAAAGUCAUCGAUUUCUCCAAGCCCUUCAUGACUCUGGGGAUCUCCAUUCUCUACCACAAACCCAACGGCACCAAUCCAGGCGUUUUCUCCUUCCUCAACCCGCUCUCUCCAGACAUCUGGAUGUAUGUGCUGCUGGCCUGUCUCGGGGUCAGCUGUGUGCUCUUCGUCAUCGCCAGGUUUACUCCGUAUGAGUGGUAUAAUCCUCAUCCGUGUAACCCAGACUCAGACGUGGUGGAGAAUAACUUCACCCUGAUCAACAGUGUGUGGUUCGGUGUUGGAGCUCUGAUGCAGCAAGGAUCGGAGCUAAUGCCCAAGGCUUUAUCCACAAGGAUUGUGGGAGGAAUCUGGUGGUUCUUCACCCUCAUCAUCAUCUCCUCAUACACUGCAAACCUCGCCGCUUUCCUGACCGUAGAGAGAAUGGACUCUCCCAUCGACUCUGCUGAUGACCUGGCCAAGCAGACCAAGAUUGAGUACGGCGCUGUGAGGGACGGAUCCACCAUGACCUUCUUUAAGAAGUCAAAGAUCUCGACGUAUGAAAAGAUGUGGGCAUUCAUGAGCAGCCGGAAGAACACAGCGUUGGUGAAGAACAACCGUGAGGGCAUCCAGCGGGUCUUGACCACUGAUUACGCACUUCUGAUGGAGUCCACCAGCAUCGAGUACAUCAGCCAGAGGAACUGCAACCUCACGCAGAUCGGCGGACUCAUCGACUCCAAGGGAUACGGCGUCGGCACUCCCAUCGGCUCCCCAUACCGUGACAAGGUAACGAUCGCCAUCCUUCAGCUGCAGGAGGAAGGAAAGCUGCACAUGAUGAAGGAGAAAUGGUGGAGAGGAAACGGCUGUCCUGAGGAGGACAGUAAAGAGGCCAGCGCUCUCGGCGUGGAGAACAUCGGCGGAAUCUUCAUCGUGCUGGCGGCCGGACUCGUGCUCUCCGUCUUCGUGGCCAUCGGAGAAUUUAUCUACAAGUCCAGAAAAAACCUGGACAUCGAGGAGGUGAGCGUCGGACAGUGCGAAUGGCACAACAAAUACUGACAAAAAAUACUUUCACUUCUCGACGCUCCGAAACACGGAUUUUACAGUACCUGUGCUGUUAUAUAGGGGGCGAUGUUGGACAGCGAGCAAAAUUUUACGUUUUAUUUUAGACAUUGUUCAUGUCAGACGAUUUUUGAUGAUGUUGGACAGCGAGCAAAAAUUUUAUUUUUUUUCCCGCAGAUUUCAUGUAAUGCGGAUUGCGGCAAUGUUGGACAGCGAGCAAAAUUUUACGUUUUUUUUCUUCACGUUUUUCAUGUCAGACGGAUUUCUGAAGUGAAAGAUGAGAUGAAGUGAAAGAUGUUUGCAGUUCGACCAUUUACUCAAGUUACUAUUUACUAGAGUAGUUCACAUUCAUGUUGUUUGUAUUUUGAUCCUACAGGUGUUACUUUUUAAUUUAAUUUAUGAUAAGCAGGGCUUAAUUUGUGCCGGAACACGUCGGAUGCGGAUUUUACGGGACCUUAUUUUACCGAUCUCCCUCCUCAACUGACCCGCUGUUCACUUUCACUUUCCUCCGCGACUCCCCAACACUCUUCACUUUUGUCCGCGACAC